AAUUCUUUGGUGCUUUCUCCUCUCUCCUCUCUCCCCGUCUCACACUCCCCUUCUCCCGCACUCCGCCUCCCCACGCUCUCCGCGCUCUGCCACCUCUCCCUCUCCCGCUGCCGCGCCCUCCGCGCACUCCCCGCGUCCCUCCCCGCCGCCCUCCCCCGUCUCGAGUCCCUCGAGCUCCGCCAAUGCGCGGCGCUCUACGUUGUCCCCCUGCGCCUCCCCGACUGCUUCCCCCGCCUGCGCGCGCUCACCCUCGCCCACCUCCCCGCCCUGCGCGCCCCCCUGCCCGCGCUCCUUUCCGAAGCUCCCCCAACUGCUGACGGCGCAGCAAGGGAAGCGGAAGGCGGAGGAUCCGGGGGAGCUCCGAAAGGGGAGAGCGGAGAGGCUUGUACCGAGGUUACUUGUAAGGGGGAUGGGGUUGAUGGGAGGAAUGGGGGGGAGAGGGGUGCGGGAGUGGAAAAACUGGAGUUAUUCGGAUGGAACCAGAUUGUGGACUUACCAGGGGAGGCCUUUGCCUCUCUCUCCUCCUCUCUCACUCACAUCACCAUUGCCAAUUGCGCCGCCCUCCACUCCCUCCCCAACGACCUCUGCCUUCUGCCGCAUCUCUCCUCCCUCACUCUCUCCUUCCUCCCAUUCCUCUCCGCCCUCCCCUCCUCCCUCCACCUCCUCUCUCACUCCCUCCUCCACCUGGAAAUCACCUCCUGUGACACCCUUGAGAGCCUGCCCUCCUCCCUCGCCUCCCUCUCCUCCCUCCAUUCAUUACACAUCACUGCCUGUGGCUCCCUCGACCGUCUUCCCCCCUCCCCCACUUUCCUCUCAGCCCUUCGCUCCUUGCAAGUCGCUGCUUGUGGCGCUCUCGGCCGUCUCGCCCUCCUUCCUCCUCCUGCUGCUGCUGCUGCUCUGUUUUUUGAGGGAAUGUCUGCAGCGAGCCGCAGCAGUGGUGCCGCUGGUAGAAUCAGCCGACUUGUGAACAGCUGCAGCAGCGGCGGCGGCGGCAGCAGCAGCGGCUGGAGUGCCAGCAGCAGCAGCAGCAGCAGCAGCGGGUCACACCUCUUCUUCCUCCCGUCGCUCACAACCUUGCACGUAUCCCGCUGUGAGCGCCUCACUGCUCUGCCUCGUACCUGGCUGCACCUGCCGGCCCUGCAGGAGCUGGUAGUGGACUCUAAUGGCCAAAUGGAGGCACUCUUUGACGGGGAUGACACUGUUCAUUCUGAUUCUGCUCCUUCUGGUGAUGUUCCUUAUGAUACUGCUCCUCUCUCUCCCCCACCCCUCCCCUCCCUACACACUCUCACCAUCUCUGACUGCCCUCGCAUCUCCCUCCUCCCCUCCUUCCUCUCUCGCUCCCCCUCUCUUCGGCACUUGAAGCUUCAUCGCCUCUCAUCCCUCGCACUCCUGCCACUCGAUACCCCUCCUCGCCCUGCUGUGAUGGACACUGCUGCUAUAACGGAUACUGCUGCUGUAACGAGCACAGAUGUGGUAACUAGCACUGGCGCUGUAACGGUUGCUGCAGAGGGCACUGAUCCUGUGGAGCAUGUUGCUCUCAGAGGCGUGGGUGUGCUGCCCGCGUUGGUAUCACUUCAUAUCCACUUACAACACAACAUACGCAUCACACACCUCCCUCACUCCCUCUUCUCCCUCCCCUCCCUCGCCACCCUCACUCUCUCACACCUCGGCCACGUCUACUCCAUCCCCCACUCCCUCUCCCUCCUCGCUCCCUCCCUCACUCACUUACACAUCGCUCACUGCCCCCUGCUGGCAUCCCUCCCCUCCUCCCUCUGCCUCCUCCCCUCCCUGCAAUCCCUUCACAUCCAAUCCUGUGAGUCCCUGACAUCCCUCCUGGAGGAAGGGGAGGAGAGUAAGGAGGAAGGGAAGGAGGAGGAGACUGAGGAGGGAAAGGAGGAGGAGACCGAGGAGGAGAGAAAGGAGGACGAGGGAAAGGAGGAGGAGAAGGCACAGGGAGAGGUGGAGGAGAGUGGAAGAGUCUUGAAGGAGGAAGGCAGUGAUUUGAGGAGGCGCGCACCAAACAGUUCCAUGGCUGCUAUGUACUCGUUACAAUCACUCUCCAUAACACAUUGUAAAUCGCUGACACACCUGCCAUCCAGCAUCGGCCUGCUACCCCGUCUCACCUCCCUCCAUCUCUCCCAACUAGACAACCUCACCUCUCUACCGCCCUCUCUUCCCCUCCUCCCCUCCCUCACCUCCCUCACUCUCUCCGCCUGUCGCCUCCUCUCCUCCCUCCCUCCCACCUUCGGAAGCCUCUCCGGCCUGCAGACCCUGAAACUUUCCAGCCUGCCCAGACUUGCAGCCCUGCCCGAUUCUUUCGUGCAGCUGCCCCAACUAGAGCAAUUUACCCUGCAAAACUCAUAGUGGACUGCCGUAACAUUGAGCGGUUACCAGCAAAUCUAGGGUUACUUUCUUCUUUGGAAUGGUUGGAGCUGGCAAGCCUGGCGAAUCUGG